AUGCUUCGUCCUCCUCAUGAUGAAUCACCAAUUGUAGAUAGUCUGAUUUUAGCUGUGUUAGCUUCGCUAAAUGUUCCUGAAGAAAAGACAAUAAAAAGUUUUGAAAACAAUUCUGGAAGUUUUGAAGCUGAAUUAGAAUACGUAAAAAAUCUACUCGCUUUACAAAAUAUCAAUGAACAUAGUGGUGAUAAUGCAUAUGUGGUUCAAAAUAAAAAAACUUAUCGCUUCCAUUGUCACCGUGCAGAUCUAGAAACUCCUUCAGGUAUAAAAAAACCAUCAUUAAAACUUGUAAUUAGCCAUGCCUUUAGUUUUACUAAAGAUGAAAUGUUUGAAAAUCAAGAAAAAACUCUUCCAACCCCCCAAAAAAUAGAACAAUCCAGAAUUUCAGAUCCAAAUGAUCAUUUUGUAUGGGAUGACUUACUUUGUAUGUGUAUGUCUAAGAAAAAGUUUAUGCAUGAUGAGGUAUAUAGUGCAAUCCAAGCAACAAUAGCAUGUGUCCAAAUGAAAAUGAGAACAUGGAUUCUUAAACAUAUUAAUUCAGAUGGAGGACUUUUCUUUGAUAUGGGUUCAAAAUUAAAUCUUGCAGAUUAUAAAAUCAAUAUAAUUGAGCAUGGAGGAGAAGAAGUAAAAUUAAUUACCUUGAUGAAUCAAACGGUUACUGAGAAUUUAAUACAUUAUGAUGAAGUCGAUUUUCUCCCAUUCCCUCCAAAUGUAAUCCUGCCAAAAACAAAUUUCUUUAAUCUUUUCUUAGGAUUUAAAGCUCAACCAGCAACUGAAAUUAAUUUUGAUCUAAUUAAUCCAAUAAUUUGGCAUGUAGAAAAUAUUUGGUGUAAUGGAGAUAAAAUUCUUUCAGAUCCUAUUCAAGGACGAAAACUUAUUAUUAUGAAUGAAACGGGAAUGGCCAGUGGAGAGUGGCAUAAGGCAAAUGAUCACUUAAAACCUCUUAUUACAGAAGAUUAUAUUUCGAUUGAACAUAAAGGUAUUUUCCCACUUCGGGUUGAAAUUGGAGAUGGGCGUAUUGUUGCUUUAGAUGUAUCCCCUCAAUGUAAAGGCAAUAAUGAAUAUUUUAAACAACUUUCUAAAAUACUUGGACAUACUGACACACCAGGCUCUUUUAUGUCGUAUUUACUCAGUCUUGAUCUUUUGGAUGAUUGGAAUCCUCAACACAAUAUUCCUAAGACUAAAAUGAAGAUGGAAAUGAUGCAAGACCAAUUACCCAACCCCACUUGA